CAAUAUUUACCACUUACUUGUUCCUAAGCUGUUUAUGUUCUUAAUAAUUUCUGACUUUUCUGGGGCAAACUCUGCCACUGAAUGUGGCCUCGGUGCUCGAAUUCUUAGAAAUAUGAGGUCUACCAUUCGCCUGUUUGCUUUUUCGAAAAAGUGCGUUUGUAAUGUUUACCACAAAGGAGGCACACUUCCUUUCACACUAUAGUAAAGAUGCCCACUGCAGCCAACACAAAUGUUUGAUUUUUGAGCGAUGGAUAGAUCUCAUAGAGCAGGAAUAGCAAUACUGACACCUUUUUUCUUGUAUAAAACUGACAGAUGAUGAGAAGAAAAAGGGACGAUUUUCAUGCCAAAUCAAAAACCUCACAUUAAAGGAGUGAUUCAUUUAGGUGCAUUCUGGGUGGUUGUUCAGUGUGGGUUGUACUGUGCGGUUUUCUCGCAGUUUGUCAUCUCCAAAGCUUAUGUAGGAGUUCUUCCUGCAUUACCGUGACUGAACUUUGUCAACAUUGUAUGUGCUUUUUCACAUCCUGCAAUGCCAUGCAGCUGAGUAAUUCCAGACCAACAGACUCAUCAGGAAUAUUCUGUCCUAAAAUGCCUAGAAAGUUUGCAGAAUAUUGAUGACAUGACAUUAAGGUCUUUAAAUUUCAAAUUUAUCGAUUCAUGUAUUUUCAUGUAUUUUCAAGAAAGGUGAAAUGAUCUUACGUGAACACUUUGCUGUUGCUGCACCCUGAUAACAGGUUCCUGUAGCCACAGUGCUGUUUGUUUUGUGUGUUAUCAGUACCCUGCACAAAUAUACCCAAUGAAGGCUUUGAUGACAGGAAUGAGAGAUUUGAUUUAGGGAAGGUUUUUCUGAUUUAAUAAUGUAUUGAAAUGCAUAUCGUCAAAUCAGUUCAAGAGUUACACAGAGAGGCAUUUGUUUGUCAUGUUGCGCGGAUAUUUCAGCUUCUGUCCUUCCCCUUUAGACCUUUCUACCUCCCUCGGGAGUUUGGACAGUUAUUUAUAACUGUUAUUUGUUUUAAUCCAAGAGCAAAUGUAGAUGGCUGCUGCAGAUGUAACAUAUGCACAGUGGUUUGGCUAGAAAAUAAGAAAAAGUUGUGUGGGACUUCAGUCAUUUUUCUGUUGUGUUAAAACAGGUUAUUGCCCCAUGUUUACAUCAACUGUACAUUGACUCUCCUGCUAAGAAAGAGGACACUGGAUUUAUUCUUUAGCAUUAUAAAUGAUGCAUAUGGGGAUUAGUCAAUACACUUGAUUCAGCUCUAUAAACAGCAGCUUAAACACCAAGCUUGAACUGUGAACAAUCCACCUGCAGAUGUAUGAGAGGGUGUCUGGUUGGGAUAUUUUCAUAAACAAUAGCCUAUGAAUAUUUCUGUGUUGAAAGAGCAGGGUGAUGAGGGAUAGGCUAGACUGAUGCAGGAGGAAAUUAAGCAAAUUGUCAAAUAUUAGUAUAAGGAGGAGAAAAGAGGAAAUUGAAGCAGGCACAGCUUGCUUAAGGCAGGGAUUGCAGGGAGUGUACACAGUGAUUUGACAGCAAAGGGAAAAAAACAAAACACUUGUAGGCUUCAGCUUCUCAUGUGGAUACGCAGUAUAAUCCCUGAACAAAAUCUUGUAAUUCUGGAGCAUUCAUCUGCAUUCCCAAGCCUGCAGUUUGUUCGAGUUUAGACGACAUGGCUCAUUCACAGCUGUAUGUUACUGCUGCUAUUAGAAACUGUGUUUACUUGGACAUUUAGACCCUUCUACAUUAUGUUCUCUUGCAUGUUUAAGGUAGAUAGCUUAGAGAAAAAAAUAACAGAGCCACAAUAGAAAAAAACGAGAGCAGCCUUCUCACAGAGGGUUUCACCUCAAACCAAAAAGCACAAACAAAUUACCAUUUCACACUACCUGCAAUAUUGUUUCCACAAUGUGAAAAAACACAGUCACACUAUUCAUGUUCUCAGGCUCGGCUGAAGGAAGGGUAACUCCUGUUGCUUUCCCUUUUUCAGAGCUAAAUGAGUCAUGUAUUUUGAUAACCUCCCACAAGCUCCACGUCUUAAACUUAAGCCAUCAUUAACCCUUGUUCAAGGAUGGCACGGUUUCUGUAGGCUAGUUUUAGAAAACCAUUCCAUCACUAUUUCUGAGACGUCUCCCUUUGCGCUCUUAAGGGCUGAAAUGUCAUUUAUAUUAGAAAAUUCCCACAUUGUUCGUCUCUUAUCAGGCCAGCAGGGAUGGUCAUCCUCACAUUUCCGGGAAGGCUCCCUCAUACCGCAUCUUUAAUUUAAAACAGAAUUUCUCAGACAUGGUUAAAAAUAACUUGGUUUAGCAAACAUGAGAACAAGAUUCAAAGUGUUCUUAAGGACAGCGUGUUUCCUUUCAGCUUGUGAAAAUAGUCUGAUCUGAUGCUUAACAAUCAAGAGGCGUGAGCAUCCUGAAUUAGAGUGCAGAAAAUUCUCUGGGUGCAAAUAAAAAUCUAAAUACUUAAUAAAUGUAAAAAUACAGAUAUUUGGUUAGGAAAGGCUAUGCAAACCAUGAAAUUCAGGUGGCGCUUGAGAAUGCAAACACUAUUUAUUGGAUUAAAAGCAGCAACAGAAGGUAGAAACUUGGAGGUGCAAGAACAGGCGCACAGAUUCUCCUCCUCUGCAUAUUUUAACAAAUCCACAACAACUAUACAAAGGAAAAUAAUCCAAAAGUCUUAGGUGUUAUUUGCAAAUGCUAGGCUGUGUGCUCAAAGAUAAAUAAGUCAUCUUUAUGACUGACCUACAGGGUGUGUCAGUCUUGUGAGCAAGUUGUUACUUUUAUUGCUGGUUGAUGCGAUUCAUUGAAGAUCUGGGUUUCAAUUCUCCAUUGAAAUCACAUCCUCUUCCCCUUAAAAUAAAAAAAAGUUUGUUGUUUUAGCUUAGCUAAGGACUUUUUCAUCAUUCUAGGAACAUGGAAAUGUUAAAAAGCUGACAUUUGCCACGUUUCCCCAAAGCAUUUCUGCGCUGCUCAAACUAUUCACAAGAUGGGGUUAAAUGAGGUUAAGGGCAAAUUGGAGGAAGAGCAAACUGAAAUUGAGUAAAGAUGAACAUUUAAAUGAGUUAAAAUACUGCUUAGAAUUUUUUUAAGGACAAACUUUAGCAACUUAAUGUUGGUUUCGACUGAUCGGUCAGUCAAAAAGAUGAACCCUGAGCAGUGCUUGAGUAUUGUGAUAUUUCCCUUCCUGAAGUCCAGAGUUCGUCUCCUACAGCUGCGAGCUGUUUGUUAACAGCAGUCGAAAGAACAUUUUGUUGCUGUUGCACGUUUAUCUGAAUCACAACCGGAAUCUGUAUGUUUAUGGUGACGCAUACAAAGUUUGCAACCUCUGUUUAAAGCCAAUCACUGCUGAGCUCACUGCUGUUUGUGUCCACAUCAUCCUUGAUUUUAAAUAUUUGACUGCCCUACAGAAAGCACUUGUUGUUUCAGGCUUGUGCAGUUUUAAGCUGCUACACCAAACCUGCUGACAAACUAAUUUAAUUCCAACAUAACAUGGAAUUGAAAGUAAAAUCCUGAGCUACGCAUGCACGUAAAGUGUCUGUCUUUUCCUGAGAUGUUCGUGUUAUCAGUACCUUGCACCUGUGACCGCUCUUCAGUGUAUGUGGCAAUCGCUGCCCUAUAAACAGAUGGACAAAGUUCACAUGACUGAACAGAUCUGUAGACCAAAUGAACAUUUAACCAAAUGUAAACAGAAAACAGACGCUUGUUCCUCUCUGUCAGUUUGCUGUAGCGAAAUUUAAACAUUGCACAAAUUUGGUCCGUUAGCGAGGCCCAUUUCCCAACAGCUUCUGUAAGUUUUCUGCCAUGCAAGCAUUUUCAAUAACACUGCUGUGGUUUACAACAUACAGCUUGACUUUGUCCAAUGAAUGCAAACAGAAAAGGUCGUGCUGAAGAUGAUUAGCAGAUUUUAUAAACUGUAGAUUAUUGCUUUAAGAUAUCUUAAGAUACGAAAUGAUUUCCAGCAGCCUUGCUCCUCUUGCGCCCUUCCCUAAAGUGGUUAUCAACACUAUGAUAACGAUAUUCUCAUCAGCCAUUCACUCCUUCCACCAUCUGUUCCCAGAAGCAGACAUCUUUAGUGCUGCUUGCUCUGGAAAAACUGCAUCACUUUCUUGUUUUGUGCCUUGACUGAAACUUAAUCGGGGAGGUUUAGAUUCAAAAUGCUUUCUGAUUAAUUCAUCCAAAACUUUUAUUAUUAUUAUUAUUAUUAUUGAACUCUAAUGACAUUCUUCAGAAUAGUCAUUUAUCUUAUAGUGGGUCUUGGUACAACUGCUUAGUAUUGGUGUUUUAGCUCCUGUCCCUUUAAGUCAUUUUUGCUCUGAUUGGCUACCCCUUGCAAACAAAAGGUCUGAACAGCAGGCGAGUGGAUACACUGUGAUCAAAGGCAGAUUUGUGUGCCUCACGCCGGAUUCAUGGUCCUGUGUUAAAUUCACUGAACGAGAAUAGAUCGAAUUGAAGAGAAAACUUCACUAUAUAGCCUUUUGGCAGUGACAAUACAAAGUAAUGGAGGUGCACGAUACACAAAAGUAUAAAUACUGUCAUUGGCAUCUGUGAAGGCUACAUCAUAUGGGAGGUCUGCUGUGAACUGUGCAUGGUGAAGCUAGCAUGUCACAAGUCUGUCAUAGCUGUGUGGCCCUUUGUAGAUGGAGUGUGAUCUCUGAAUAACAGUCAAAUAGCUCCCAGCGAAUAUUAAACAGUUAUGAGCUAUUAUAGAUGAUCCCUUUCUACCUGAUCUUGAAGAUCUUAAAGUAGACCAAAGACUGAAAAAGAGUUUAUCUCUACUUUUGUUUUACUGAGAACUAUAUUUAAUGUGAGCUUCCACAGUUAUUACAGAGUAUUUAUGAGGGGAAAAAAGCAAAAUAAAGAGCAUAAGGUGUCUGCUUGAAGUUUAUUAUUGACUGUAGCUGUAAUAGUGCAUAAACUGUAGAUCUUGCAACACUGCCAAUGACAAAAAUGAUAGAGAAUUUCUCUUCCAAAAACCCAAAUAGUGCUCAAAAUAGGCAGAUCUUGGCUGGGAAACCUGCUUCUUUCCUGCCAGGAAGCAAUAUUUUGAGCUGCACUGAUUAGCCAUUGUCUGCAGUUAAGGAUGUUUCCAGUAAUGUGUGAAAGUGGUACCAAGAUAAGGUGCUGAAAAGUGUAAUAUUACACAACUAUAAAUCUAUUUGGAGUUAAGGUGGUACACCACCAUUUCACAAAGAGUGCAUGUGUGGCUCUGAGUCAUUCAAAAGUACAGUAAGAAAGAAAAAGUUAAGCGUCAUCUGACUUUUGGUAAACAUGAGCUCAGUCUGAAUCCACUGCGCAGCCAACCUCUGGGAUCCCUGACCUGCCCGCUGGUUUACACCUCCGGUGACUCACUCGUUUCUGUCUUCUUCAGCCUCAUGUCUGCAGCGUGACCCGAUGAACCAGUUCACUUCUUCCCACGCUCGCCCCUCUCUGCCUGAACUUGUCUAAAUAGCUAAACUAUGCACUGGAAGCAGACACAGAUAUUGGGUCUAAAAUGAAUUAAAAUUCAGCUCUCCUUUUAUACCUUGAAAAUAUUUUUUGUUUAAAUCUAAAGACCACUUAGCCAACUUUAUUUUAAGCCGUGCUUAUUUUCCAUUACUUGUUUUGCUUUUAUGAACAAAAACUGAGUGAAUAUAAGCUUUAGAUAGAUGGAGCCUGCUUUUGCAUGCCUGUUUCUCACAGUCAAAAUGUUGUGAACCUUUUCUUCUUAGAAACGAGAUUUCUUCAGAAGAGCUUCUGCUCAAAACAAACAACAACCACUUGAAAAGUGCACGUGUAAGCGAGAUCCUGUGUGGUUUGCAUGCAGUGUAAAAAAACACAAGCCAACAAUAAAAGCACUAAUAUUAGCCAAGUCUCGAUACCAACCAAUAUUGCCUUUGACGGUUGGCCUGUGAACCCAGGAUAACACUUAUUGAAGGCACUGGCUUGUUUUUAUCUGUGGUGUCACACUGCAUACUGGUUACAUUUUUCCCAGAAAGGUGUGAAACAUUUUGAUGAAACAAAACUAAACAAACACCACUCAGUGUUAAGACACGUUCACAGCGUUCACUGGAGCCCUCUUUAACCACAAGCAAUCUCCCAUUCAUUAUAGUUUUCCCAUCAGCAGUAGCUCUUCCUGUAUCGUGAUACACAGGUGAGAAUUUUGAGGUUUAGAUCAUUUCCUUUCCUUCUUCCCACAGCAGCUGCACACAUUUCGUUGCUACUGUGUUCUUCUAAAAGCCUUUGCUUGCCUUGGUGCAGAUUGUCAAAACUUACCAUACCGAUUUGUGAUAUUAUGUACCAAUUUAUUUCUUUUUACUUAAAAUUGCAAACGACUCAAGAUGUGCUGAUAGAUUCAUUAUCGGACCAUCACGAAACAUCGGGUAGACAAUGCAAUGAAAUCAUGGUCAUAUACACUAAAAACAGUUUCUGCCCCAAAGCUGUUAAAGCAUUAUAAACGUUUUUAAAUUACUACUGAUGGGAGGGGGGGACAAUAUCAUGAAAGCCGGGACUGGCACACACAUUUGUUUAAUAUCUGUCAUUUUUUAAAUUUAUAUUUCCUUUUAUUUUUUUCUAUAUUUUAUCACCUUUUCAACACAGGAAAGCUCUGCACUUGUUUUGUGUGAAGUUUCCACACUAUCUGCAGCUACAGACUCUGCGGGUGUGAAGUCACACAAUGUUAGAAAAAAAAUCUGUCAUUAUAUCUCAUCUGAACGUGACCUCAUACAGAGUAUUACAGCUGCUGUUUCAACCAGUUCAAGCAUGUAUGCUAAACUACUAUUCAUACAGAGUUUCAGAAGAUGGGUGGAUGAAGUCGGUGGGGGUGAGGGGAAUUUAUGAAACAAUUGAGAUUUUAUUUUAACUGCUUGUGUGCUGUUAAUGACAGGUUUCUGUACCAUAUUUAGGAAAGCAAUGUUUUGUUUUGUUUUUUCCUCUGGCGCUUUCCAACCACAUCCAUGCAAAUAAUUCAAUAGGAAGUUAAAACCAGCAGUAACAGUCAUUUUGGAUCAAACAUGAAUGGAUCUGUUAAGCUGUUAAUCACUCAGUAAAUCAGCAUGUUUGAUUCAGAUCCAUGUAGAAAAUGUACCGAGUAAGUCACUCCUUACUCAGUACACUCAUGUCUGCCUUCUGCUUUAGUCGUGUACUUUAAUUGUAACUGAACCUGAUGACUGGACUCAUGACUGGACUGAUUGUGUAAUACCAGUACUAGUUCAGUGAAAGGCUGGUAAUAUGUAAUUCUAAGUUAAAUGCCAUUUUCUCUGGUCUUCUAUUGGUUUUAAUAAUUGCCCAGACAUAUGCGUAAACCACACUGAAGUGAUGAGAAAACCAUGCACAUUUAUGCAAACUCAUGAACUGAUGUCAGCCAGAAGAAACAAGGUGCUCAGGUGUGAAAAAACCCAGAUGUUGCUUCUAACGGCACUUAAAGCUGGUACUGAAUUCCUGGGAAGAUUUUAAAUUUUAUUGCUUCUUUAUUAGAAAAUGUCAUAUGCUGGGCUUCAACUCAGAUUCUCUGGAACUUUCAGUCACAGGAGCUGAUUCAGGGAACUAAAAGGUCCCUUCAAUCCACUGUUUUUACACAUGGGAACUAAGUUACGGUUACUUUCACACAAAAGCUGGUGAAGCAAGACCAUCCCUCUGGCUUGUUGGGAGGUGUGGGCAUGUUUAUUUCUGCUUGAAAAAGUAACUGCUGGGACCGUAACAUUUUACUUCUCUGAUUCACUGCCGUGGUUGUAACAAGCACUGCACCUUCUUUACAUUCGCCCUCGCUCUCACUCGACCACACCCUGCCCUUCUGUCUGUGUCCCUGUCGCCUCCAGAAUGUUUUCAUAGAGGUGGCCAUGCAGGGGUGACACACCAUAAAACCAGAAUUUCCAGUUUUAAUAUGCUGUCGGCAAAUAUAGUUUACUUGAAAAAGUAUGACAAAGAGCAAAAUGAAUGUUCUGCCUGGUUAAUUGUCGAUAUCAGCUGAUAUCACUAAGCAUAGGUACAUAUCAAAACCAAAUAAGAUUUUAAAAUCCAUAAUAAUCUGUUUUGAUUGAUUGAUUAAUUGAUUGGAAGUCUCAACCAUUGUUUUAAUGAUUCUCAGCAGAGCCGAGCAGAAGCAUCGGCUCUCCCAGAAUGGAGUUAUCCUUUAACCCUGGAGAAACCAUGGGGUCAAAUUUGACCCCAUGGUUUCCCUAGUAAGCCAAUGGGGUCGGCUCUGGCCCCAUUGGUUCUCCAGGGUUAAGAGCAAACUUGGUCAGGAAAGACAAAUAAAUAUUACAAUCAUAUAAGAAUUAGAAUCAUAAAUAUUAGAUCAGGCAAGAGUGUGAACUGUUGCCUGUCUCUAUGAUAUGUUAUGCCCUGAGAUGCACCAGUGAUCAGUCCAGGGAUUUGCACCAGCUUUUCUGCAACCUUAUUACAUUAUUACCAACAUAGGGCUGUCUUGCCCGGAGGCACUAAGGCGGGGCAGCAAAUUUUGGGGGUUGCCCAGCGACCCCCUUGGUGGCACCCCUGCCCUGUACAGGCCCACAUUUUGCACCUUUUGAAGACAAACUCUGGUUUAUCUGCUUGUAAACACAGUCCCUGCUUACAUGUUGUUUAAAACUAGAUCAAAUGUUCAGUGCCAAACACAACGGGCCAAACAGCCGCAAUCUGUCGAGGUUACCAGGUUACCUCACUAUGUGUAAACAACCACAUUAAAACUACUGACGCAUGCAGUUAAAUCAAAUCGGUCUCAGCGCGCACUUUUUUACUACAAGCCACAUUCAUAUUCGUACAACACUUUAACAGUCAUAAUCACACUCGCACUCAUCACGGUGGAUGCGAUAGGAGCAAUUGUGGGUUUCAGUAAACCAAUGACCAUAUUAAAGUGGAAUUUGUUAUUUGUUAUUUUAUUUAGUUCAAAUUAUGGUGCUUUUAUUUUGAAGGUCAAGCUUGCCUGCGUAAACAAUCAUUACGCUGCAUGUGUGUGUAAGUGGGCGUAGGAUACCGAUGUGCCAAAAAGUGAUCGUCUGCCAAAAACUGAUUUCUGGCAUUUGCCAAAAAGUAAUUACAAGUAUUUAAACUGCCAUGAAUGAACUUUUGGCCUUUAAACAGCGAAGCAUAUCAAAUGUAUCCCUCAAUAAUAUAAAAUAAGUCAUCUCGAGCCACAAAACAACAUUGGUAUCACAAGCUAGAAGCCGCAGUCAGUUUUUGACAAAGUGACUAAGAGGAUAGCAGAAAUUGCAACUAUAUAACAAUAGUUCCAUAAAGAUAUUUUUAGUGGCCAAAAGGGGAGUGGAUUGGUUUUAAUGUUGGUACAAUAACGCAGAGUCAUAAAGAUACUUAAAAAACAGGUCAUUUCAAAAUUUUAUAUAUAACCCCAUAAACCCUGUUCACUAAAAUCUACUUACCAAUAUAAGUAAAGACAUUACACAUCAAAACAAACAAACAAAAAAACACACACACGGCAACACUGGAAAAUCAGUUUUUGGCAAACGAUCACUUUUGUGCUCGUUAAAAAGUUAAGGCAACCAAACUGUUCUAGAAGUGGAUAAUUGUAAAGAAACCUCGGAAGAAUGGCGACUAUCUUUGUUUAUCUUAGUAAACUUUAUUUUAUGUGUUUUUGGCGAACUAAUGGAGGCUUGGGUUGUGCAUUUACUUAGUCCCACUUGACACUUUACUGUCUGGCGGUAUGAUUUGCAUAGCAACAAAUCUGAUGUUGUCCGACACUCAUACAAAUUCACCAGUUUUAAUUCAGUUCCUCCUGAGGGGUUAAUACAUUCCAUGCAAAAAUGUAGAGGCUGGCCAAGGGAGCAACACUUAACACUGGACUGUUAUCAGGAAUUCUGGGUCUGCUUCCAGUCAUAAAGCAUUACGCAGCAUUUUGGCUUACACACGCAGCUCCUCAAAUACCAGAGCGCUAGUCAUUCACGAUCAAGAGAAGGAGCUAGAUGGCGUGAGAAAGGAGAAGUGAGCAGGAGAGAGAAAAUAUCAGGCAGUGUAUAGUUAGCUCUUUCAGUUUCUCUGGUUUUUGCUGGAUUUUAAAGGCUCUUGGGCUUUUCACAUUCUCUGGAUGUAAUUUAAAGACGCAGGAAGACCUGGCACUAGCCAUGGGUUCAAGUUCAACACUGGCAAGCCUUGUGUUUUUCCUUGGUUUGUGUGGAAUCUGUAGCGGAUUUGAACAGGAGAACUGUACUGACUACAAACUCCAGUUUGAGAGGGUUUUCUCUGUUCCUGGAGAUGUGGCUAUGCUGAGAAGCACACUUGUGUCCUCAGACGUCUUUGAUUUCAAAACUGUCCCGUACAACAUCACGUGGUACAACUCGGUGUCAGGCCAAGAAAUCAGCAGUCAGACUGGUCACAUCCUGGUGCACGAGGAGACUCUGUGGAUUCUCAAUGUAACCAUGAAUGACAGUGGGGAUUAUGUGACCAUACUGAGGACUCCUUCCCACUGCUACAGGGAGGCCAGCCGACUGGUGGUGGAUGAAAGACCUACAGGAGAAUGUGGAAGGCCGAGGAAAGCUUAUCAGCUACUUACAAAAGGAGUCACUGACAAUCUGAGCUGCCAUCUGAAGAACGAAAUGAAUAAGCUGAACAGCUACAACAUCUCUUCCUCCAUCAAGUGGUACAGAGGUUGUGACCCCAUAGAGGAUGGGAAAGACAGCUUUUACUAUUGGGGCACCAGACUGAAAAUUACCAGUGUGGACCUUCAACACAAAGGCACCUAUACCUGUACUCUGACAUUCACCCUGGGUGGCAUCAAAGGGUCUGUGUCAGAGACUAUUAGCGCAGAGGUCAAAGGGGAUUACUCUUUGGUUCCACAAGUGCAUGAACCCUCCAAUGAUGUAAUCAAAGCACAGAGCGGGUACAACUUCAGUAAAAGGUGCCUGGUGUUUGUGCCGGGUGUUGGGAAGCCUAUCGUUGAUAUUUAUUGGUUGGACAAAGAUGGAUUCUUUGAGACUAACACCUCUUACCGUGUACACAUGUUAGAACAGCGUUUGCUGCCCCAAAAUGGCUCCAGUAAAGGUGCGUGGUUAGAGACCUGGCUGAUAUUUUCUGAGCUAAGGGAGGAGGACUUCUACGUCAACUACACCUGCCGUGCGUACAGUGACAGGGGCUUUCCUGAAAGAUAUUUCAGUCUGCAACCAGCAGAUCCAAGUGGCAUAGCUAUCGGAUCUGUGCUUGGUGGUAUGAUGGUUCUGUUUAUCAUCACCGUCACCCUAUACUACCUUUUUAAGAUUGAAAUAGUGCUGUGGUUCAGGAGAGCAUUUCCAGUCUUCUACAAAAAUAAAGACUUGGAUGGGAAGCUUUACGAUGCCUAUGUGGCAUACCCACAGCCCUGUGACCUCGGAUUCAGCAAGGAUGUGGAAACAUUUGCCCUUCAAACACUGCCUCAUGUGUUGGAAAGGGCCUGUGACUACAAACUCUUCAUAGCAGGCCGUGACUGCCUGCCUGGGCAAGCUAUGGUGGACUCUGUUGAAGAAAACAUACAAGCCAGCCGCCGUGUCCUCCUUCUCUACACUGCUUCCUCUUUUACCACCAAAAGACAUACAAGCAGCACCAGCAGUAAUAAUAACAACAUUUCUAAGAGCGGUGAAUGCGAUGAUGAAAUUCAAAGAAAUGCCAGUGACAGCUUUAGCAUUACAAGCUCUGAUGUUGGUGAUAAAGUCUGUAAAGACACAAGGCAGCAGCUGGAGUGUGUGGCAGCAAUGCACCGAGUGCUGAUCGAGGGCUCCCUCAAGGUGGUUCUGGUUGAGCUGGAAGAGAUCACGCCAGCACAACUGGCUCUAUUUCCAGAGUCAGUGCGUCAUCUGAGGAAGAAGCAGGGUGCUGUGUGUUGGUGGAAGAACCAGAGGACGAGGGAAAGGUGGAAGACGUGCAUGAGUGGAGCUGAUGCAGAAAAAACUGGAACAGACUCACAGCUGUCAACAUCCCUCUCCCCUUCCUCUAGGUUUUGGAAGGAACUGAGGUAUCACAUGCCUGUCCGGGGCAAGAGGGUAGUGUAUCCUGAAACAAUCGCCUUUCUGUAAUUCUGAUGGCGAUCUGUGUUUGUCAGAUAUUGAACCAGAGAGUACCUGGUUUCUAAUGUAAAUGUGGCAGUUGCAUUUACUCACUCACAGGUAGAUCGUGGGCACUGUUAUCAGAAGCAGUGACACCAAGACCCUGAGUCAAGUUUACAGCACAGGCAACUCCAAAUGUUCUCUCAGCAGAGAUGUCACCUUUACCUUCUGUGGAACUUUUCAAGUAACACAUUGCAAUGAGUAUAAAAAAAGUGUAAGAAAUGUGGAAAGUAUUGGCUAAAGAUGACAGCUGGUCAUGGACAGAUCAGUGCAGUCUGAAUUGUCCACAGUUUGUAUGCGAACUGCUGACAAUCAGUAACAGAAGGGGCCUGAAAAAUAAUGCAGAUGAAAAUAGCUUGAAUGGUCGUACAGUUAUUUUAUUACCACAAUCCUCAACAUCCCAGCUGACACUGGGCGAUAGGCAUAUCAGGAAAUGUACAUAUGUAUGAUUAAACUUGUAAAUAUGUAGAAAAAAUAUAUAAAUUAACAUGUAAAAACUGUAAAGAGGAACAACCAGAAAAGUAUACAUUCAUGAUGAUUUUUUUAAUUUAUGUAUAUUAUUUGUAAAAACAUCAUGAAAUGAGGCUGCAUAAAAAUCUAGGUUAAAAUGUAUGCGCUAACAUUUUUAAUCAAUGAUUUUUUUUUUACUUAUGAUUCUGGGAAAUUGUAAAUACUCUGUUUUCUAUUUGAAUUUUGUUUUAAAGUGUGACUAUUUUGCAAAUAAAAAGAUUAUUUUCAGUUUUUACUCUUUUCCAUUCCUCCUCAAGAAACAUACACCACAAAGACACUGGGUCUAGUAUUAUAGCGUGUUUUUUUUGUCAAUUUACUUCACAUUUCUGCUACACUGAUUUUACUUAAAUUAUUGGGUAUAUUUAUACACACACUUAGGAUUUGAAGUGCCUUUAAUUUGAUUACAGAUCAUUUAGAAUAUUAGUUUGGGUUCAUUCACCAACCAACUUCCGGUUAGUUUAAAGAGCAAGCAUAAUAUAAACACUCAGUCGGUCACUAUCAAACACUGGCUCAUGUUAAUUUCUUCCUUUAGCUUUCAAUCCCUGCACUGCUCUCAACUUGCGUCUCAGGUCAGUCACGACUGGGAAGCGCCACUGUAGUUCAACCCUGUCGUGUCUGGUUCCAAGUCUCGUGGGCGUAGUCAUUCGUUCCCUUUCAUCAUGCCCAGACGUGUAACUGGAUCUCACUGGUCAUAGA